CACUGAAACACACACACACUCACGUAUGCACACACACACACACUAAAACACACACACACCCUGCAUUCUACAAUCAGGAAAAGAGAAGUUAUGACUGUGAGCAGAAACGAAACUGAAACUGAGGAAAGUGUAUAUAAGAGAGAGAGGCAGACGGAGCAGUACAGAAUGAGAGAGCGACGGAAGGGAGACGGCCUGUGAGGAACGGGAAGCUCUCAGACUGCAGACAUGACUUCCCCAGUGCCUGGCUCAGAGGAGACUCCAGUUCUGCUUGGAUCGCACCUGAAAUGCUCCAUCUGCUUUGACCUGUUCCGCAAGCCGGUAACCACGCACUGCGGUCACACGUUCUGUGAACGCUGUCUGGAAAACUCUGUGCGAUACAACGACCAGGUGUGCCCGCUGUGCAAGGAAUGGCUGCGGCAGAGCUCCGUACGACCCAACAUCGUGCUGUGCGCCCUGCUGGAAGACUUCCAGAAGGCCCAAGACAGGGGGGCGGGGGUGAUUUCGGAUGGGGGCGUGGCCUGUGACAUGUGCAUCCGCAGGAAGCGGAAGGCGGUGAAGUCCUGCCUGGUGUGUCUGACCUCGUACUGCCAGCCUCACCUGGAGCUCCACCUGUCGGCCCACCGGCUGAGAGGGCACAAGCUGGUGACCCCUGCCAGCGACCUGGAGGAGCGGGCGUGUCCAACUCACGGGCGCCCCCUGGAGCUGUACUGCAGAGAUGCACAGCGUUGUGUUUGUGCUCUGUGUGUGGACGACAGCCGCCAGGUCGUUCCCGCUGAGACUGAAUGGGACAGGAAGAAGAUAGAGGUGAAGAACACGAUGGAUGAGAUGAAGAAGAGGGUUGAAGUUCGGAAGAAGAAGGUGGAGGAGAUCAGACAGGCAGAGGAGCUCAGCACAGGCCAUAUUGACAGGCAGAAGGAGGAGGUGCAGGCGGUGUUUGGGGAGGUGCUGGCCCGGGUUCGGGAGGCUGAGGCCCAGCUAUUGCAGCCUCUGAUGGAGAAGAGAAGGGAGGUGCAGAGGGAGGCGAAGCAGGUCACCCAGGAGAUGGAGGCGGAGAUUUUUGAGCUGGAACAGAAGAUCUCCCACCUGGAUGACAGUGCCAGUCAUGAAGACCACAUCCUCUUCCUCCAGAGUCAUCCAGCUCUGCCUGGUCCUGAGGAAAGAGGCAUUGCGAGCGUUGUCCUGGAUACAGAGCUGAGGUUGGGCAGUGUGCGGGGGGUCCUUUCAGCCAUGAUGGAGCAGAUCAAUAAAGAGCUGGAGCAGCUCUCCUCAACUGAUAUUGAAAGGAUUCAGAAGUUCUCAGUGGAAGUGACCCUUGACCCCGACACAGCGAGCCCCCGGCUCGUCCUAUCAGAUGAUGGGAAGGAGGUGUGGGACGGGGGGGUGGAGCGUGACGUCCCGGAAGGGCCGGGGAGGUUCGACCUGUUCGGCAGCGUCCUGGGACGCCCCCACCUGGGCUCCGGGCGGGGCUACUGGGAGGUGCAGGUGGGUGGGAAAACUGGUUGGGAUGUGGGCGUGGCCAGGGAGUCCAUCAGCAGGAAGGGCAGGGUCAGCCUGACUCCACAAAAUGGCUUCUGGUGUUUGGUUCUGUACAACGAGGACAACUAUGCAGCCCUGACCAGCCCUCCCCUGCACCUCUCCUUGACCUCUCAACCCCAGACAGUGGGGGUGUACGUGGAUUACGAGGGGGGGCAGGUCUCCUUUUACGACGUGGAGGCCAGGACUCACAUCUACUCCUUCACUGGUUGCACCUUCACUGAGAAACUCUACCCAUACUUUAGCCCCCACCUCUGGUCUAAUGGCAAAAACUCCGCCCCGCUGAUCAUCUGUCCUGUCACUCAAACAUAAUGAUCAUUCUGACGUAUUCAUCUUUGUUUAACCAGGUGUGUCACCGAGAACUCAAUUCUAAUUUUCUCAGUCCUUGCUUUGGUUGCGUAUGAUUGGCUGUUUUAGAAUGGGCUUUAACAAAAUCCUACAAGCACGCCAGCCCUACUCAGGAAAGUUUGGACGCCCCUGUGGUAACUGGAUGAUACAUUGAGAUGAUUUAAAUGAUUUAAUUGAAAUGAUGAGCAGUCAGGUUAAAGUGGUUCAAGUUGACUGCUUAUCAAGAGUCUCAAAGUCCACUGUCACCCGAUGAGCCACUUACGCACAUGGAACCCAUAAUAUUGCUGGGGUCAGAUAUCUGGCUUAGGUGCUUUGAGUCUGUUCACACGAUAACAAAAUGUCUCGGGCGGCACGAUGCCUCAAAGCAAGAGGGUUGAGGGCUCGAAUCCCGGCUUGGGGCCUUUCUGUGUGGAGUUUGAAUGUUCUCCCUGUGUCUGCGUGGGUUUCCUCCG